GAUGGCAAAUAGUGGCAUGCAUGUACCUGUCGUGUCAGCGAGCGAAGAGGCCGUUGAUGCAGGAAGCCACGGUCCGAUGCGGUGGUCGGCAUGCGAGCUGUCUGUUGCAGAUGCAAGAGCCGAGCCGGAGAACUCGUCGCUGACGCCUCUUAUAUGGAAAACGGCGCAUACCCGCCGAUCAAUGCUCCUGGUCCUUCUCCUUAUCCAGACGUCUUGAGAAGAAGUCAAGUCACGUCCUCUCAAGAAGAGCGAGGAGUCGUCAAAAGAAGUCGUCGUCAGAGGCUGAGGGACCGUGCUCCCGAGCUCUUCCCCAGCCAACCCCACCCCGACAACAACCUCGUCUUCUUCUGCACCAACAACAACUCGUCACCAAUUUGAGAGCAUCACUUCCAGUAUCCACUUACGCCCAUUGAUCUGACUAUAUGAGACAUCCCAUUCGAGACAUACGACAUGGCCGCCGCGAACUUACCUCCCCCAGAUUAGGACCUGCAGGGUGGACUAUUGCCUUACGCUCGACACGUCUUG